UAAAAUUACCAGAUAUUAGAGAUACUUGGGCAAAUGAAAGUAUGAACCUCAAUGAAUGCAGAGCUAAAUGCUUACAGAACUGUUCAUGCACUGCAUAUUCAAGCUAUGAUAUUAGAAAUGGAGGCAACGGUUGUAUCAUUUGGUUAAAUGAUUUGACUGAUAUCAGAGAAAUUCCUGUUAAUGGACAGGAUCUAUACAUUCGAAUGUCUGCUUCUGAAUUGGUUGGUUUAGAAGAUGUGGGAGGUAAUCAGAACAAGAAGAUGUUGGUGAUGAUAAUCAUCCCUUCUGUUAUUGCAACUUCUGGAAUCCUAGCAGUCAGCUAUUACUACUUCAAAAGCGGGAAAAAACUAAAAGAAAAUAAUAAAAUACAAGACAAAAAUCAAGAAUCAGACGAGGAACUGGAGCUGCCAUUAUUUGACUUUACUGGAGCUGCCAUUAUUUGA